UUUUCCCAUUCACAGAGAAUUUCUUAUAUAUUGUUCAACUUUCUUUCUCGUUUUUUUUACCUUUUUUACGUGUAUAUAUAGGAAAUGGCAAAAAUGUUACUUCCAAGACUUUCUUCAUAUUUGCGUUUGAACGCUGCUUUCAACCAUACAUUUUCCCGCUCUUUCCAACAACAAAACAUUAUUAUUAUUAAUCGUACUUUAUUCUCCAGUAAUAUAUCAAGAAAUGCAGCGCCAACAGCAUAUGAGGCGGACAAAGACUUUUAUGCUUUAAAAGUUACAAUCGAUGAUAUUAGGGCAAAAUAUGGAUUAGGGGGCGGUAGUCGUAUUAAAGAUGCAAAUCUUGAACAAAAUUCUGAUUUAGAUUUAGAAGUUGAUUUAACUUUGGCUGAUGUAAAGAAAUUAUCUAAAAUUCAAGAAUUAUUAGAAAAUGCUUCGCAAGAUUUAUCACGUUUAAUUUCUUCAAAACCUGGAGAUAUUGAAGGCAUUAGAGAUGAUGAUAUCGUUAUUAAAGCUAAUGUAAAAAAAUCUGUUUGGUUAGCUGAAGAUGAUGAUGUUUCUGGUUAUGCUGAAAAAGCUAUAAAAGCUUAUAAAGAGACUAAAGUUGUGGGGGACGUUCAUGCUUAUGAUAUAGAUGACGGUAAAAAUGAAAGAAAUCCCGCUGGUUUCAGACAAGAUUUAUAUAACUAAUAUUACUAAUUUUAAUGAAUUAAUGAAUUUCAAAGGAUUCUAAAAUUUGGCAUAUUAGUUACAAGAAAAAAAUUUUUAAGGUAAAUUCUGAAAGGAAUACCAAACUCUCUUUAUUUUUCUUUAGUGAUUUUAGUUUAAUGUAAAUAGCUUUUUUGACUAUGUAUGUAGUUUAGUAAAAAUUUAUUUUUCAUAAGUAGGAUUCAUUUAUUAGUUACAAUAAAAUUUUUUACACGCAC